UGAUGUCAUCCGGAGCGAGCGCGUGCUUUGCGUUUGCUUUUUCUUGGAUUUAUUUUCGGCGCGGGCGUUGUAACGAUAGACGAUAUCGCGGAGACUGACGGGAAACAUUGCCCGAGUCGCUGGCAAUCUCGUCAGCUCGUCGACAACCGGGAAGCAGCCGUCGGAGCAACGAAGGCUGACGGAACGAGUCCGAAUUCUUGCAGCGGACUGGAUUAAUUUUUGCAGCAACGCUUGCAAAGGGAUCGACACUUCACGUACUACACGCCUUGCUGCCUGCUUAGCGAGUGCCCGCGGGAGCUCGACGCAGUGAGCUUCCUGCCAAGAUGGGGGCCGGUAAUUCCAGGCCUUCCUCAGAAGAUGCAACCCCUCCAGAACGACCCAGCGACGGAACACGAAGCCCAGGCUUGCGAACGGGUGAUCGUGGGGGUAUCACCGUGGAUAUCGGCCCCCCGAGGACGCUCCAGCCACGGAUCUUCUCUGUUGGAGACACCGUUGUAGUUACCGACGACCUGCCGAUAAUGAAGAGACUCCAGCUCGGUCACGGAGGAUAUGUUGACUCCAUGAGAAGGAGCCUUGGCCUAAUUGGUGUCGUGCUUCAUGUAUUUGGAAGCGGCGACGUGCGGGUGCUAGUCAGCGGCAGUAGCUGGACUUUUAACCCCCUGUGUCUGACUCUCGUGAGACGGAAUACAAGCGGCGAAUUCAGUGCAAGACUGAGGACACUUGCGAGCGAUAGGGAUGCUUCUGACGAGCUCGCUCAGCAGCUCAUGCGCAUGCUGAGUACUUCGUUGACAGGUUCACUUGGAUUAGAAGUCAGUGGCAGAAACACGUCUUCGAAGUAUUCUGUCGGUCAAAAGGUGAAGAUCUGCAGCGACGUCACCAGAGUGAAGUUGUUGCAAAUAGGCCACGGAGGCUAUAACAUCGGCAUGGCUCCUGCACUUGGACGAGUCGGUAGGAUUGUCGAGAUCGACUCUGAUGGCGACUUCAAAGUCAAGUGCCGUAAUGGACCCGCUUGGUGCUUCAACCCUGAUCUUUUGGAGGCUGUAUCGGAUGAAGAUGCAGAAUCCGAUGACUCGGAUUCUGAUGAUGUUCCCGCUGCUCUUCAGCGCAUCAUGCGGGAUCUACUUAUGCCCACACAGGGCAGUGGAAGUGGAAAGUCAAAACUGAAGAUGACACCUCUGCACUCUGCCUGCUUCCUGGGCAACGAGUCUGCGGUGAAUAUGAUGAUAGCGACCGGCGCAGAUCUAAAUGAAGGGGACAGGGACGGUGACACAGCGCUACAUUAUGCCGUUUACGGUGACCAACCAGAAAUGGUGGAGUUGCUGAUAAACUUCGGCGUCGAUGUCAAUGCCAGGAACAAGAAAAUGUACACGGCUAUUCAUAUUGCAGUCAACAAGGAGUUUGUAAAUUGUGUGCGGUCCUUGACCAAGUACACUGCUCAGCUGGACGUAAACACUCAGGAUGAAUACGGAGACACGCCACUACAUGACGCUGUAGGAAAGCGGAACGAGGAGAUCGUUGAUCUGCUCGUGAACUUCCCGACCAUCGACUUUACCGUGAAGAACAAGCGCAGCUUCAACCCAUUCCAUCAAGCUGCCUUGAAAGGAAACACACAUGCAACGGAAAGGAUUCUUUCGAAGAAGCCAGAGCUUGUGGACGUGAAGAAAAAGGACGGCUACUCUGCUCUGCAUCUGGCGGCACUCAACAACUACUAUAGCCUCGCGAAAAUCUUGUUGACGAAGGGCCGCUGCACUAUUGACCUCAAGAACGACGAACAACAAACGGCACUCUUGCUUGCUGUGUACAAAGGCCACUGCGACCUUGCCGAACUGCUAGUCGAAGCCGGUGCGAACAUUAACGAACCAGAUGAGGACGGCGACACUCCCAUGCACGUGAGCCUGAUGAGACGAUCGGAGAUCAAGGUCCAAUCUCUCAGUUCCGUCAGAGCGCCGGCCACGAGAAUGAUCGCGAAUGAACUUCUGCAGUCUCGCACUCCGGGCAUGGACGGCGACCUGGCGUUGGCCUGCUUUCUGGCAAACAGGGGCGGCGAUCUCCACAGGAAGAACAAGGCCGGACGCACACCCCUAGAUAUGGCCGGAGGCAUUAAAAACGCCGAGCUACUUUUAGUUUGGAAGACUAAAAAAAGUGCACAGGAUCCAUCGAGCCCACAGCGAACUAGCGGCGGUGCGGCCGCAAGCGCUGCGUCGGCCGAAGGAAAGUGCAAAAUGUGCCUUGACGCUCUCGCCAACGUGUGGUUUGAACCGUGCGGUCAUCGCCUGUAUUGCUCGGAAUGCUGCAGGCGCAUGAAAUGCUGUCUGACCUGCGGUGCACGCAUCACAGGGAAAGUUUCGGACGCUGAAAGGCCUGCACUCAGUGACGACCAGCGGGAGCUAGAGUCCCGGCUGAAACAACUGGAAGAAGCCCGUAGCUGCGGAAUCUGCAUGGAACGGCCGCGCAACGUGGCUUUUCUGUGCGGUCACACCGCUUGCGACAGAUGCGCUGAGAAUCUCAGCAUCUGCCACCUCUGCCGCAAACCCAUCGCCAAGAAGAUUACCCUGUUUUAGAAAAAAAAAGAUGAACGCUGCUAAAACAGGAGCGUGAGCUCUUGUUGACUCCAGUCCAACAAUGCCAGCUUUUGUAGAUACAAUUAAGUAACGAAAACUAGCCAGCUCUACUAGAAUUAUAACGUCGCCUUCUAGGGCGACUGAUAUCUAAGAGAAACAGGGCUUCCUGUUUUGCUGAAGCUCCCUCCGGUUGAUUAGCGGCGACUCUCUAAUUGUUUAUUAAUUGCAGCAUUAUAGGAAGCUUGCCUACUAAGGAGCCCACUAUCCCAAAAUUGUAGCCAGAAAUAUAAAAUAAAUAACUCGAGAUGAAAGAACAACAUACAUAGAAAAAAUAAAAAAUCAGAAUAUUUCAGAAUCGCUUAGAGUGCAACAAACACACACUACGUACAGCGUUCAGCGUCCUUUGCGGUGGCGGUGCAAAGGCUAGCAGUUGCUGCGCUGAAAAACGUAUGCAGAAAAAAGUCUACAGCAAAGAAUUUCUGAAUUUAAUUGGUUGAAAAAAAAAGUUUUCAAUAAUAGCUUUCCAGCAAUAAAUGCUAAUACGGUCAGAUGGGAACAAGAAAGAACUCUGUUGUUCGUGCCGUUGCUUCCUGCUUAAAGCCUCUUUUUGCAAUGUGCAUCCAACGAGCUCAGGCAAACACUAUUCCAAGGAAAGUUUUUUUCUGGCACUUGUUAUGGUCGAAGGAGGAGCGGUGCAUAGCUUUGAAACGCAGUUAAUGUGGUCGAAUUUAUGUAUAUUUUACUGAAGCUUCGGGAGGAAUGGAAAAAAAAAGGAAUUGUGCCAUGUGACAAAAAUUAUUGGAAUGCAGUAAUACUAUACAGGAACACACUGCUGCUAGUGAGCCACGGUCAGUUUUAAUUAAGAUAGAACUAUGCGGUCGUACAUUAGGUGCGAGCUUUCUUUUUUCUUUAAGUAUGUGCAAGUCCAGGUGGUUAUGACAUGUGCCAACCUGUCGAAAACGUUUUGGGCUUCUGUGAUGUCGUGAUAACCGGGAUAAAGCACUUUGCAAGGAGAUUUUCAAUACGGAGCUGACUGCCACCAUCUUUUUUUUCCGGCUAUGUAGGCCCGAAGUGUUCCGCUAUUGCAGCAAAUGAUUUUCAUCGCUUUCAUGUGAACAUUCACAUCACGUCAGUGUAUACGAUGGCAGUUAUCCCUUGAUGCUGUUUGAUCUCACGUGAUAUUGCAUUGUUUACAUAAUAUUUUGAGCGCAGACCUUAAGUCAACUGAUAACUUCUUGCACAAGAUGUGUCCAGCCACAAAAAAUGUUACGUUAAGCAAGAAAUUAUUUUUGUAUGUCUCUCUCUCAAACAUUCGUUUUGUUGGAUAUUUAAUUACCGCUUUGUUGUUGACACAUGUCUCGCUCGUCUAUGUUGGCUUAACUGCAGCCUCCUUUCGUGUUCUAUAUUGCUGUCGCUAUUUCUCUGUUUGUUGUUUAUUAACGGCAGUGAAAUAGGUAGGCUGUGCCUUUGUAAACCUUUUUUUUUUUGUUGUUGUACUUGUUUCACCACAUUCCCACUCGGAGAAGCAAAUGCAUAUGUACAUGUUCUUGUGGGGCCAAAUAAACAUUUCUCUUUGUUGACUGCGAGA